AAUGAAGCCAGAGAGGUUAGAGAAAGCAAAGUUUCUAAAUACACAGAAUGUCCCUCAGACAGAGCAAGAAGCAGUGGUGAGAUGAACUCGUCUGUUUACGAAGCAUGUUUCCAGAGGUUUAGCUGCUGCUGAUGAUAUUGAUCAUGAAUAUUCUGCAGUUUGUUUAAAUAUAAACUCACUAUAUUUUUGUAUCUUCAUCAUUUGGUUUGACGUCAUGAACAGACUCUGUCCGAGGCCGUAGUGACAGUGGUAAUCCCCACAGAAAGGGCCAUGGUAACAUCAGAAAGCAAUCUUAUUUGGAGUGGACAGAAAAUACAGAGCAAAAUACAAGUUUCAAUCUGCCAGACAGUGAAAAUGAAAGAAGAAAAAGAUAGAACUGACAUGGAACCUGCUGGGCUUGAUACACAGAAUGAUUGAGUUUGUGGUAAGAGAGGGACCCAUGUUUGAGGCCAUCAUCAUGAGCAGAGAAAAGAACAACCCUGACUUCAGGUUUUUAUUUGAUAAUAAGAGUCAGGAGCAUGUGUACUACAGAUGGAAACUUUACUCCAUUCUACAGGGAGAGAGCCCAAAUAAAUGGAGAACAUCACCUUUCAGAAUGUUCCGGGGCGGCUCUCUGUGGAAGACACCUCUUCUUAACCCAUAUCUCCAUGGUGAUGAGGAACCAGAAGAGAGCUCCUUCCCUUCUCAAGAGGAAGAGCCAAAGAAAGGGCACCUGAAGGCAGAGCACAGAGAGAGGUUGGAGGCCUUGCUAAGAGGGCUGACUCCUCGCAGGGAUGAGAUCGGUGAUGCAAUGCUAUUCUGCCUGGAGAGAGCGGAGGCUGCUGAGGAGGUCGUCUCCUGCAUCACUGAAUCUCUGUCUAUAGCACACACACCACUGCAGAAGAAGAUUGCCAGACUUUACCUAAUAUCUGAUAUCCUCUACAACUCCUGUGCCAAAGUUGCCAAUGCGUCAUAUUACCGCAAAUUUUUUGAGACAAAGCUGCCGCAGAUAUUUGGAGACAUCAGUGAAGCGUAUCGGAACAUCCAGGCCCGACUCCAGGCAGAGCAGUUUAAGCAAAGAGUCAUGGGAUGUUUUCGUGCGUGGGAAGACUGGGCAGUUUAUCCAGACUCCUUCCUGAUCCAACUGCAGAAUAUAUUCCUGGGGCUUAUUAAACCUGGAGAGGAAGUCAUUGACAGAGCAGAGCCCAAAUCUCCUGAUCUAGAUGGGGUGCCAUUGGAUGGUAUUCCUCUAGAGAAAGGUGAAAUUGAUGGUACACCCAUUGAUGACCUUGAUGGAUCACCUAUGACCUGGGAUCCAUCCUCUAUAGAUGGUGUACCGGUUGACGAUAUAGACGGUGUUCCCCUAGGAAACCCAAUAGACGAUAUUGAUGGUGUGCCAUUUGAUGAGGGCUCAGAUAAGACUUUACCCACUGUUGCACUGUCUAAAUGGGAGAAGGUGGAAGAUUCAGAAUCCUCAGGUACAAUCACAACAUGAGUAGUUAUUCAUGACUCUUUUACACCCUUUUUAUUUACUGCUUUUCCCAGAUUAUCCAGUCUUUCUAUAUAUAAUACAGCAUACUUAACAAAUUCAG